AUGAAGAAUACCACAUGGCACCGCGCGGAGGUUUUCCGCCUCGACACCUGGCUUGCUGUCUUCCAGAGAAACCUGACACCCAACCUCGAAAAAGACGAGAUUCAUCAAGAGUUAUGGGACUCGGCUCCUAUCCUGCUAUCCAUCGAUUUCGAAAAAAAGAAACGAAGGGGCUGCAAUCGUGAUCGAGGGACGAUUCGCGAGAUCGGGGUCUCGACAUUCGACAUCCGCUCUCUGCCCUCCCGGCCACUCAAUUGCCAGAAAACAUCGGAUACGUUCCUUUUCAACAAAUCCCAAUCUUUCAAUCAAGACUCUACCGCCCAUCUCUUGCAAAGUAUACUGCGAGAAGAUGGUUCAAGGACCUUGUUGAUCGUAGGACAUGCGCUCAGGUACGAAUUAGCGCUGCUACGCGACAUCGGUAUCGACGCUUCGGACCCAGCCGAAUAUCCAAAUAUCGCGGGGUGUCUAGAUACAAAAAACUUAGCAGGGAAAUUGGUCUUCAACCCAAUAGGCUGGCUGAGGAAGGCAGCGCUGAGCGAUGUGCUGGAGAGGCUUUAUAUCCCUUACGCAAAUUUGCAUGUGGCGGGCAAUGAUGCGAACUUUACUUUGAAGGCGAUGCUGUUGUUAAGCCUGCAUGAUAUUGCGAGACGACGUGCUAUGGGGCCUUCGAUCGAUCCAUCUGGUAACAUGGCUUCAGUACGGGAGAUCGCUUGGGGUCUGUCCAAGGUCUCCUGA